AUGGAAUGUUCCUUUACAAAAGAUAAGAUAAAGAAAAGAAAGAAAUAUUUAGAUGGGUUUAUAUCAUAUAAAAAUGAUAAAAUAAUAUUAAAAGAUGAAAACAAUAAAACAAUUUUGACAACAACAUCUUAUAAAAUAAAUGAAGAUGAUUAUAUUGAAACAUCUAUGUAUUUAAUUUAUUUAGAUAAAUUAAAUUUAUUAUUUAAUAAUUCUAAUAAUAAUUUAAUUAACAAUUCUAGUAAUAAUUUAAUUAAUAACUCUAAUUUAUUAAUUAACAACUCUUAUAAUAAUAUUAAAAGAAGUAAUGAAGAAAUACUUAAACUGUUUAAAAAUUGA